AUGACUCUCGAUCAGUACUACUAUUCAUCCCUUGAAGACACCACGACAAGAGAUAAGGAUCAGGUGUUGUGGCGUAGCACAGAUUCAAGGCUCAAACAGACAGAAAGCAAGAGUAGAACAAAAUUAGAGCUGCUGGAGAACCGACAACCAAACAACGGGCCUCAAGCAGCCGAUGAUGUACGCAAGAUUCUCAUUGUGAAUCAGCUGUGGCUUUGGAUACUUGACGAAAAGACCGUUAUCACAAGUACAACACAAGAGAUGGAUGAGACCGAAAGCAGCUUUCUCCAACGGGUUUUGAAUGACCUUCGAACCCAAAAAAAGAACUCUUCCGUAUCGGUUGAAAACAUUCAAGAGCUGAUCCUCAGUACGGCCACGAGUCUUUUUAACAAGAAAGAUGUUGAAGUAUUGGGGAAUAAGAAAUCCCCUUUGAGUGUAUAUCGUGCGGCUAUCUUGAACGUGCGCGACAAGGAAGCGCACCUGUUCGAUUUAUUUCAGAAGUCACUUGAUGGUCCAGCGACAGACAAUGAGGGUCAAGCGAAUGCGACCAAGCUACUAGUAGAGAACAAGGGACCAGGUGAAAACCAGAAUGUGAAACAAGAGACUGGACUCAUUGGUCGCUUGUUCAAAAACAAGCAUAGACCUUGGAAAAGAAGAGACACAUAUAACCCAUACGGUGACAUCGCCGGCGAGACAGAGUUACUCCGAGAAGUCAAGGACAUUUGUGAUGAGCUCAACAUGCUCAAAUCCCUAGCUCUAGAUCAGGAAAACGUUUGGAAGCAAAUCUGGAGGGACGGAUCUAACCCAGACGCUACUUUCACCUAUGACACACCUUCUGAGGUCAAGAAAGAGAUUACGGAAAUGGUCAAGGAGGCUGAGUUUGUACAACAGGCCAUUGACAUGCUACUGGACUUGAAGCAGAAGCAAGCCAAUAUUGUCGAGACCGAGUUUUCACGGAAGCAAAGCGAAGGUACUGCGAGACAGAGCGACACAAUCAUGGCGUUCACAGUCGUGACAAUUCUCUUCCUCCCUGCCUCUUUCCUAAACAGUCUACUUGAGUUGGAUAUCUCCGAUUCCCCUCAUGUGGGCGAUGAUGUCCGCCUCCAAGGACGCGUAAUAUUUCCUAUUAUCUUCAUCGCUUACAACGCAAGUACGUUGAAGGAAUAUACGUUGGGCAGAUGGAAAAGCCAGAACACGAACAAACCGACAAAUCCGCCAGUUGAGUUAAAGCCUCCAACCAGCCAGCAGAUCAGCGAGCAGGCCAAAUUACAGAUGGAAAAAUACUUGAGCAAUUGA